UGACUUGAUGUAAGCAUAGCAUGGUGUAAUGGUACAUCCUGCCAUCUGUGGUUGCCAUGGUAACAUUUAUUGUAUCUCCACCUCCAAAGGUCUUCUGCUUCUAAAAAUAAAUUCCAUUUCAUUAUGAGCAGAGCCAGUGCGGAAUGAUGCCAGGUACAGACAUGCUAAAAGAUAUCUGCUUUAGUAAUGUGCUGAUUGAAGGAGGUGUCAGUGAGAUAGCUGACCUCUGAUUUAGAUACAGAACGAGUAUGCCUCAAGGAAGGACUGAAACGCAGGCACCACCAGUAAGUCUCCUCUGCUGGGAUAAUAGUGUUUUUCACUGAAUGGUUCUCUGCAUGCUCUCAGUAUUGAUCAGCAUCACUCCAUCCACCCUGCCUUUAGAGGCUGGGACUGUUUGUGGUGUGGAUGAGAUUACAGAAGACGGAGGAUUAGUCUCUGUGGCACAGGGAAGCAGCUAGUGCGAAAAAAUGAGUCUCCAUGAUGGACGAAUGACCAGCAAUGGUGACGUGUGUUUGGGAGGCAUGAAGAUGCGGGAUCCCUCAACUCCAACUAAGAAACCUCAAUCUCCCAAGCCUGAAAAUGCCAUCACCAUUGCUGUGUCAUCACGUGUCCUCUUCAACAUGGAUCUGGAGCAGCAGAUCUUUGAACAAAAGGGCAUGGAGGAGUACCUGAAGUACCAGAUUGAACAUGAGACUGAACCACUUGCACCAGGACCUGCUUUUCCCUUUAUUAAGGCUCUGGAAGCAGUCAAUGUGCAGCUGAGAGAACUUUAUCCAGACAGUGAAGAGCUCUUUGAUAUUGUGCUGAUGACCAACCAUCACGCCAACGUUGGACUCAGACUCAUUAACUCAAUCAACCAUCACAAACUGUUCAUUGAGCGCUUCUGUAUGACUGGUGGUAAUAGUCCAAUUGGGUAUUUGAAAGCCUACCACACCAACCUGUAUCUGUCUGCUGAUUCAAAGAAAGUGAUGGAGGCUUUAGCAGAAGGGAUUGCAGCAGCCACCAUGUUCAAGCCAGAGAAAGUGACGGAGGUGUCAGAGACACAGCUGCGAGUGGCCUUCGAUGGAGAUGCAGUGCUAUUCUCGGAUGAGUCAGAGAGGAUCUUUAAAACGCAAGGCUUGGAUAAAUUUUUCGAACAUGAAAAAGCCCAUGAAAACAAACCACUUGAUCAUGGUCCACUGAAAGGAUUCUUGGAGGCUUUGGGAAAACUGCAAAAGAAAUUCUCUGAGAAAGGCCAGCGUAUGGACUGUCCUAUCCGCACAUACCUUGUGACUGCUCGUAGUGCAGCUAGUUCAGGUACACGUGCCCUGAAAACCUUGCGUUCUUGGGGCCUAGAGCCUGAUGAAGCCCUUUUUUUGGCUGGAGCACCUAAGGGCCCUAUGCUGGCAAAAAUCAAGCCCCACAUUUUCUUCGAUGAUCAAAUGUUCCAUAUUGAAGGGGCUGCAGAGCUGGGAACUGUGGCAGCUCACGUUCCAUAUGGAGUUGCCCAAAAGGUGCCAUUAAAGAAAUCAAAUGACACAAAAACGUGUGAAUGAAAUAAAAAUUUUAUUAUUGCGUAUUGGCAUGAAAUAUGUAUUGUCUUGACAAAAUUUGUUUUUAGAAGUUGGUGCCUGAAUGUUCAUAAGAGUGACGUAUUGUACCAAGAUUGUAUGAUACUUGAUGAUACUUCAGUUGUGUUAGCAAAAUUGAAAUCUGUGAAAUCAGGCCCAGCUAAAGAGAAAGAGGAUCAAGCCAUAUAUUCUUUGCUGGCUGAUUAAAUAGAGUAAAUUUAAUACAGCAACGGAUUGUAACAGCACUGUACAGUAUGUGCCUUUUAGGUACUACACAACUGUUUGACAAAGAAGUUUGUGCCUCUAAUUUUCUAUAUGAAAAUAUUUAAAGUUAUGACUUGCUGCCUUUGAAGGGUUGGUUAUUGAUCGAGUAUCUAUAGAACAGGGAGAUCACCCCAUAAGAUGCUUUAUAAUGUUGAAAGUUCAGUUUUUGUUAAUGUAUUGCCUGUGUAAAAUGUAAAUCUCAUGUCUAUAAGACUUUUAUGUCUUUUAGAUUAUACUGUGAUGCUUGUUUAAAUAUUUUUUACAAGUGUGUAAGUAUGUUUUGUAAAAGUGUCUGCAUGUUGCAUUGUUAUAUCUCAUACAAUAUAUAUGCCAAAUUAUGUUUCUAUGAUGUGCAAAUGUUAUAUUGAUGUUAAAAAAUUUUACCCUGCGAAAGAUUUAAGAAUCGCUAUAACCCUUAGUUAAAGCAAAAAACGCUUAUGUGGUGUUUAUUCCUGGCCACAUUUCUAAGCAAUUCUUGCCACGUAUGUAGCUAGUCAAAGGGAGUAGUUAGUUCUUAAUUUUUUAAAUCAGGACAGAAUACAAAAAAUAUAUAUAUUGGUUUACAGUAAAGCCUUCUCUGUGACCACUUUACAAUAUAUGUAAAAAAAUAUAUAAUACUGUACAUUGUAUUAUAUAUCUGAGA